AUGAAAAGGGUGAGUGAGGACGGAGGCCCCAGGCCCUCGGGAGCUGUUGGCCGGAAAAUGUAAGCGGGAACAAUCCAGUUCGACACUACUACAGUGCCUAGAGGAAGCGGGUUAACCACUACCUUCACAUCAUUCAUAAUUUGUAAAUUAGGCAAAAUUGGUGCCGCGGCGCUGGGGGUCGUUAGCGGAAUUUGGGGCAAAGUUGGCACUAAUAUCCGCGCAACAGUACACAGGAGGCUGGGACACAUUAAGCAAGUUAAGCCACAACAGUGGGAGGACUUGUUCAUUAGCGGCCCGGCCUGGCCCGGCAGCGGCGAUGUGUCUGUAUUAAGGUAA